GCUCCGUUCCCGUCAGGAGCAGGCCCCUGGGUUGGGAAGCCCUCGUUUCCCUUCUGCACUUCUCGCCGCCUCCUCCCCUCCGGCUCCAGGAAGAGAAACCGGAGCCAGGCAGGGCCCCGGAGAGAGAAGGAAGUCGGGGAAGCUCGGCGGAGAGAGAACACGCCUUCAAUUCCCCUUCCUGUUUUUCUUUCAGGUGCUCGCAAAAGAGCUUGAGGCGGCGACGGAGCGGAGCGGCCGUCUGGACUGGAGCGAUGUAGAACCGGCUCCGAGCGCCACGUGCCAGCAUGAGCGACCGCGCGGCACGGGCAGGGAGCCCGCAGCUGACGCCCUGCUAAGAGGAGCCCGCGCCGCCAACGCCACGCUCCGACAUGUAGAUGCAAAGACGAAGCCGUCGCCGCUCCCCCAUGCCGCGUGGCAGAGCCCGCCGGGCCCAGGCGCGAGGAUGCUUUCGCGUGGCCAGCCCUCCCCGCCUCGCCCCUACUGACCUGCAUGGUGUGGGUGUCCCUGAGGACUGACCGCCUGGCCCCUCUGCACGCCUCUCGCCGCCGCUUGCCCACCAUGUCUCUGGAGUGGCUGACGGCCUGGAGCUGGUCACUGGACGGGCUGCGGGACUGCAUCGCGGCCGCCAUCCAGUCGGUGCGGGACUGCGACGCCACGGCGCUGGCCACGGUGGCCUGCCUGCUGGUGCUGUUCGUAUGGUACUGCUACCACGUGGGGCGGGAGCAGCCCCGCGCCUACGGCACGGUCAACGCGCUGAUCCAGAGCGCCGACGCCAACGGGCUGCAGAACGGGUACGUGUACUGCCACUCGCCCGAGUGCGUGCGCUGCACGCCCAGUGACGGCCUUAACCAGAAACUCUAUCACAACCUGCAGGAAUAUGCCAAGCGCUAUUCUUGGGCCGGCAUGGGCAGGAUUCACAAGGGCAUCCGCGACCAGGGCCGCUACCUGAGCAGCCGGCCCUCCAUCCAGAAGCCUGAAGUCUUCUUCCUGCCGGACUUGCCCACCAUGCCCUACUUCUCGCGGGAGGCGCAGAAGCAUGACGUGGAGCUGCUGGAGCGCAACUUCCAGACCAUCCUGUGCGAGUUCGAGACCCUCUACAAAGCCUUCUCCAACUGCAGCCUCCCGCAGGGCUGGAAAAUGAACAGCACGCCCAGCGGGGAGUGGUUCACCUUUUACCUGGUGAACCAGGGCCUGUGCGUGCCCCGGAACUGCAGGAAAUGCCCACGGACGUACCGUUUGCUUGGGAGCCUCCGCACCUGCAUUGGCAACAACGUCUUUGGCAACGCAUGCAUCUCCGUGCUCAGCCCCGGCACCGUCAUCGCCGAGCACUACGGGCCCACCAACAUCCGCAUCCGGUGCCACCUCGGUCUGAAGACGCCCAGCGGCUGCGAGCUGGUGGUGGGCGGUGAGCCCCAGUGCUGGGCCGAGGGCCGGUGCCUGCUGUUCGACGACUCCUUCCUGCACACGGCCUUCCACGAAGGUCCCCCGGAGGAGGGCCCCCGCGUGGUCUUCAUGGUGGACCUGUGGCACCCGAACGUGGCGGCCGCCGAGCGCCAAGCCCUCGACUUCAUCUUUGCGCCGGGACGAUGAUGGCGCCGCCGGGCUGGCAGGGGGGUGCGGGCGGGCGGGCAGGGCCACGCGCAGCCUCCCGGGAAGCUUCCUCAUAGCACACGCCGCGUCGGGUCCCCCUCACCCCUGCUCCGGGCUCGUCCCACACGCAUCGCCUCGCGGUCUCUCUUCCUCCCCAUCCCGGUCGGCUCCAGGGACCCCUCUCCGCUGCGCCCGCGCACCCCCCGCCCCCGACUCCAUGACUAGACGCCGUGCUGCUGUAGUAUGUGUCAUGUUGCUACCGUGUUUUGCCGUGUUCAGAAUUAGAGUAACCGAAACCAAGGGUGUUCGUUCGAAUGUAACCGUGUGCCGUGUCUUGUGGUCCUCGGCGACAAACCGGAACCGCAGCCCCCGCGAUCCGCUCGCCUGCCACGCCGCGUCCCGGUGCCUCGUGGGGCCGUGCAGACCUGUGGCAAAAGGGGCCGUGUUUCGCAGGCUCCGGCCUGGCUCUUUGCAACCUUUCCCUCCUGCCUGUAAAUAGCACGAGAAGGCUCCACCGCCCCAGACAGAAGGGAGAGCCGGGUGCCGUCUGCCUCGGCGAAGCUCACUGGCAUGCGGGCUACCAAAAACCAGAUGCCCUCUCUUGUGCCCUGUGGCCACAAGCAGCAGUGAUGCAGCUAAAGACUUCCGGCCAUUUGCCUAGGCCUCCUCUUUGCAUCUGUGCUCAGUCCUGGGCUGGGAUCCACCCAGCAGCCGGCACGUCCUCAGGCAGGGGUGGGCUGAAGUGCCCAGCACCUGCUUUGAGGGACGAGGGCUGGGCUGCUGUGGGGUUUGCAGCCGUCAGACUGGCCAGAGAAGGCAGAUGAGGGGAGAUGCCUGAAGAGCAAGGGGCUGAGAACAAGCUGGAGCUGUGCAGCAUGACAGGAGCAACCUCUUCCGCCUACCUGCAAGCGUCCCGGCCCCCAGCUGGCAGCAUGCUGGCUUUGGAGCGCAGCCAGGUGCCUGUGCCACUUGGCACAGAGCUGUCAGGUUCGUACCGCAUCAUGCUGGGAACCUGGUACGUCACCUGCAGACCAGCCUGGCCAGGACACAGCCACCGGAGUUGGAGGGGGUGGAAAGAUGCCGGGGAGCGGCUGGAGCGGUGUGCAAGGGAGCUGGUGCAGGGUUUUCAGCAAGGAGACUGUAAGGCUGAGGGCUCAGAUCCGGCUGCAGGGUUUUUAUACCUAACUCUUGUACAAUAACUCCUGACGUGCGGGACCCCCGCCCAGCUGGACUCCUUUGGGCGAGGCCUCCGGAUGAAGCAGCGGUCACCCUCUGCAGCGUGCAGGCCAGUGGCCAGGAGAGGCUCUUAAUAAACUGUUGUGCUAGAAACUGGA